AUGACACAAACGAAGUCGCUGUUCCUGACCUUGAUGGGCGCCGCUGCCCUGAUUGAGGCAGCCCAAGUUCAUUAUAAUCUCGACCUUACAUGGCAGAGGGGCGCACCGAACGGGGUGGAGAGGGAGAUGAUCUUCGUGAAUGAUCGGUUUCCAGGUCCGCCGUUGAUUUUGGAUGAAGGAGAUGAAAUCAUAAUAGAUGUGACCAACAACUUGCCAUUCAAUACAUCUGUCCAUUUCCAUGGCAUUGAGCAAACCAACACCCCAUGGGCGGACGGAGUAUCAGGUCUAUCUCAAUGGGCCAUCAAGCCCGGUGGAAAGUAUCGGUACCAGUGGCAAGCGACGACGUAUGGUACAUACUGGUACCAUGCUCAUGACAAGGAUAGAAUGAUGGAUGGUCUCUAUGGUGCCAUUCGUAUUCGCCCGUCUGCCAACCGAGAGUCACCAUUUGCAAUGAUCUCGGACGACCCCGCCGAUAUUGCAGCCAUGACCAAUGCUGCGCAUGAUGCCCAGUUGGUAAUGCUGUCUGACUGGGACCAUCUCCCAUCCGAUGAAUACAUGGAUGUCCUGAAAAAAACGGGCUAUGAUAUCUUUUGCUCAGAUAGCAUUCUCAUCGAUGGUGCAGGCUCCAUAUACUGCAAAGACCCUGAAUAUUUGACAAACCUCCAGCCCGCCCCGGUCAGAGCGGUCGUAAAUGAGAGUUUGACGGACAAAGGAUGCGAUCCAUUCCUGCGGGCCCUCCAAGGUGAUUGGGAGCACCACCCAGAGUUACUUCCUGAGGGGAUGAACUCCGGAUGUACACCUAGCGAUGGUCCAACCUCCGUCUUUGAAGUGGCACCUGAAGCUAAAUGGGCCAGUUUCAACUUCAUCAGUGCAGCAAGUCUCAAAUCUCUCAUCUUCUCCAUCGAUGAGCACCCGAUGUACAUAUACGAGGUUGAUGGACGCUACAUUGAGCCGCAACUUGCCCAUCAGGUCUCCAUUUACAAUGGAGAGCGUUACUCCGCCAUGGUCAAAUUGGACAAGGAAGCUGGCAGCUACACCAUCCGUGUCGCUGGUCACAAUAACCAGGUCAUCUCUGGCUUUGCUACACUCUCCUACAAGGGUGGCGAGCAAAACAAGCGGGAAUCGACGCCAUACAUCGACUAUGGUGGCAGCAACACCACAGCUGCUGUGAUCCCGCUUGACACAACAACCCUGCCGCCAUACCCUCCUAUCCUACCUGCGGAUUACGCCGAUGAUUUCCAUCUCCUAACCCUCGGACGGAUCAAAUCAUCCUGGGAAUGGACUUUGGACGGAACAUCAUUUUUACCAGCCAAUCUGAACCAAAUGGAGCCAGUUAUUCUCAACCCACAAGCACCUGGCUUGGAUUCUUCCCUCAAGAUUGAGACGCGGAAUGGCACCUGGGUAGAUAUUGUGUUCCAGCUUGCCAUCCCAGAGCCAACCAAACUUCAGCCACCGCACCCGAUGCACAAGCACUCAAACAAGGCAUUUUUGAUUGGGAGUGGAAUGGGGAAGUUUGCGUGGGGAUCUAUCGCGGAAGCACGAAACAGCAGCCCGGACAGCUUCUUCAACACGCCUGUGUAUCGGGAUACAUUUGUGACCGCGCCGAACGGGGAAGCCUGGAUCGCUAUUCGGUACCAGGUUGUGAACCCGGGCCCAUUCCUUUUGCAUUGCCAUAUGGAGACACACCUCUCUUCGGGUAUGGGCCUUGUGUUGUUGGAUGGCAUAGAUGCUUGGCCUCAAGUUCCCGCUCAGUAUCUGUAG